AUGUUCAACAAUAUUUUCAAUACAGUGAAAGACGCUGCUGGAACUGUCGCCAAGACGAUUGAAGAGCAAAAUCGUCAGAACGCUCAAGCCGGAUCCCAACAACAACAUGCCGAUGUCGAAGAAGCUGUUGGAAAAGUCGACUCUCAAGGAGGAAAAGUUCAAGUAACAACUGUUCACGAUGAAGCCAAAAAAGAAGAGCCAAAUAAGGGAUCUGAUUUUCUCGCUGACUUCUUGAAUGUUGCUCAAGAAGUUGGAAAAGCUUACGGUAAAACGUUGGAGGAGCAGAAGAAGCAGCAACAACAAGCUGGAGUUGUCGAAGAAUCUGUAGCAAAAGUAGAUUCGCAAGGCGGAAAAGUGCAGAUUGCUACUGUUCAAGAUGAGAAAAAGGUUGAGCAGAAACCAGGCACUGACCUGUUAGCCGGUUUCAUUAAUGUUGCUCAAGAAGUUGGAAAAGCUUAUAGUAAAAGUGUCGAGGAGCAGAAUAAGCAAAAGAAUCAAGAAGAGCCAAUUGGCAAGGUUGAUUCUCAAGGAGGCAAAGUUCAAGUAUCCAGUGUUCAGGAGAACAAAGAUACUGCUCAGCCGGCUGCUGGCUCAUCUCUCCUCAACAAUUUCUUGAAUAUUGCUCAAGACGUUGGAAAAGCUUUGGAGAAGAAGACCGAGGACGGACAUCAAAACACCAAUCCUACGCCUGUUGCACAGAAGCCAGCAGAAAGUAAGGAAUUGAACGAUAGCGAUCUGAAAGUGAUCGGAGAGAAUAUUGGAAGCAUUGUUAGCGGAUUGUUCAAGAAGGACGAGGAAAAAAAGUCAGAAUUCAAACCCGAGCCGGUUAUUGAUGAUAUCGAAGGAGAAAUUGGAAAGGUCACUACGACGGGAUACACUGGACUCAAGAAAAAGGAAAAUUGA